UUUGAUUUAAUUCAGUUUGGUACGGUUCUGUUCGGUCAAACCGAACCAUUAUGCCCACCUUGGCUGACAGCCUAACAUAUCGCUAGUUACAGAGAGGCUCAUCGACUGAUCGACAUUCGACAUCCUCAGCCCUCACAUCAAGGAAGGCACGCGAGGCCGCAAGUCGCCAACGCCCGUCGCUCGGACGCCUGUCCCUUCUGGCCUUUUCGGCUUCUCAGUGCUCUGACUUUCUUACGCCUUCGCCCUCAGCCUUUCCGAUCAUACUCAAACAACUGUAGCAGAAAAACAGUUUCGAUCAGAGGUUUCCAUGGCUCCCAUUGCUCCCAGAUCUGGAGAUGCCAUUUUCGCCAAUGUAGAACGAGUGAAUGCAGAGCUCUUUACUCUAACGUAUGGCGCGAUUGUGCGCCAACUGAUCAUCGAUCUGGAGGAGGUUGAUGAAGUCAACAAGCAGCUUGAUCAAAUGGGGUACAACAUUGGAGUUAGGCUUAUUGAUGAGUUUCUUGCAAAGUCCAACGUAUCUAGAUGUGUGGAUUUCAAGGAAACUGCUGAAGUCAUUGCGAAGGUUGGUUUGAAAAUGUUCUUAGGUAUUACAGCGUCCGUGACCAAUUGGGAUGCUGAGGGAACAACAUGCAGUCUUAUUCUAGAGGACAACCCACUGGUGGACUUUGUUGAGCUUCCUGAUACUUGUCAAGGUCUUUACUAUUGCAAUAUCUUAAGUGGAGUUGUUAGAGGUGCACUUGAGAUGGUGUCAAUGAAAACUGAGGUCACUUGGAUCCGUGACAUGCUUCGAGGGGAUGACGUUUUCGAGUUACAGUUGAAGUUGAUUAAGCAGGUUCCUGAGGAAUACCCUUAUAAGGAUGAUGAGUAGCUUGCUUAAUUUAUGCUCCGUAAUGUAUAUGCAAUUUAUCAAGUUCUGUGAUUGUCCUCCUUCAAGUACUUCAGCAUUGCACUUCACUUUUAAUCCUAAUCAGUGACCUUGCCCGCCUGGUCUUCUCAGUUUCUCAAAUAUCCGUGUAUGUGGACUCUCUGAGUCACUGUUUCACAAUGAAAUUAUUCCUAAUGAUUUAUUAUGCAGCAGACACUUUUUUAAUGGGAACUAGGAAUUCAUCCAUGCCUUCAACGUUUAAUGCCUUCAACGUUUGAUGAUUAUUCCUAAUAAUUUAUUAUGCAAAAAGUUACUCCGUAUUCAC